CUACAUUUUGUGGUUUCCUUUUGGGAUGCUUGGAUACCAUCACUUCUACUUACGCAGGCCUAUUUUUGGAGUAACCUAUUUCCUGACCUUUGGAUUAUGUGGAGUUGGAUGGGUAGUUGACGUGUUUCGAAUGCCGUUCCUUGUCAAGAAAGCAAACAGCGACAUAAGGCAGAUCCGCGACGCUGAGCCUAUUGCAAGUAUAUGGGAUGAAGAGAAGAGGCUUGACGAUGCCUAUACGUUGUCCUUCCCGUUAGGAUUUCUUGGUCUGCAUCAUUUCUACCUCAACAGAAUUUUCUUUGGUUUUAUGUACCUCUUCACAUUUGGAUUAUGUGGUUUUGGGACGGUAGUUGAUUGGUUCAGAUUGCCUUGUCUUGUGAAAAGGACAAACACAGAGAUAAGGGAGGAUAAACGAGAUUACAGAAAUCUAUUUGAUGCGU